GCACAUGCUCAAAACCAAAUUUAGAAGAGAAGACUGAAGAUAGUAGGUCAGUAAAGAAUGUGAAGAUGGUGGGUGUGGUCAAGAGUGAAGAUGGUGGAGCAGUCGGAGUGGGUGGUGUUAGGAAAGGAGAGUUAAAUUUUGAAUGUCUUUCACAUCGAUGA